AAGAAACCAGGGGCGGGCUCUUCACUCUGACUGGAGGCCCGAGGUGCGCUGGGGUGGCGGAAGGAACUGUGAGCGCAAGUGGCGGCAGGAUGGAGGCGGCGGCUGAACCUGGGAACCUGGCUGGUGUGCGGCACAUCAUCCUUGUCCUUUCGGGAAAGGGAGGUGUGGGGAAGAGCACGAUCUCUACCGAGCUGGCCCUGGCACUGCACUAUGAAGGCAAAAAGGUGGGGAUCCUGGACAUAGACCUGUGUGGCCCCAGCAUCCCACGCAUGCUUCGAGCACAGGGCAGGGCUGUACACCAGUGUGACCGUGGCUGGGUGCCUGUCUUUGUGGAUCGGGAGCAGAGCAUCUCCCUAAUGUCCGUGGGCUUCCUGCUGGAGAAUCCAGAUGAGGCAGUGGUGUGGAGAGGCCCCAAGAAGAAUGCGCUGAUAAAGCAGUUUGUGUCCGACGUGGCCUGGGGGGAGCUGGAUUGCUUGGUGGUGGACACACCCCCAGGGACUUCUGAUGAGCACAUGGCUGUGGUGGAAGCACUGCGACCCUACAGGCCCUUGGGGGCCCUUGUGGUCACCACACCACAGGCGGUGUCUGUGGGUGAUGUGAGGCGAGAGCUGACCUUCUGCAAGAAGACAGGGCUGCAAGUGGUGGGGGUUGUGGAGAACAUGAGUGGCUUCGCUUGCCCACACUGUGCGGAGUGUACCAGCAUCUUCUCCAAGGGUGGCGGGGAGGACCUGGCCCGGCUCGCCGGAGUCCCCUUCUUAGGCUCUGUUCCCCUGGACCCCGAGCUCACCAGAAGUUUGGAGGAGGGCCACGACCUCACCCAGGAGUUCCCCAAGAGCCCUGCAUUUCCUGUACUCACCUCCAUAGCUCGGAAAAUUCUAGACGGUUUGCCCGCCACGCUGUCCUGACAGCCCCUCCACAAGGCUGUCCGCAGACAGCCUCCAGGACUUUCCACGGCAGAGAUCCUAGGUACAUCCUGGGACCUACAGCACUGGUCAGGCACCAUCGCUGUGUGAGUGUCACCUGCCUGGCCCUGUCCUCAGAGGGGUUUUGUCACAAGUGGUGCACACUGACACUAGUUCCAUGUGGCUGGCCUGUGGCUGAAGGACAGCUCAGGCCUGCUGCCUUUUUUUUUGUGUUUUGUUUUAUUUUUUGAGACAGUGCCUCACUAAUAGUUUAGGUUGGUCUUGAGCUCACUGUGUAGCCCAGG